AGGUGAGUGCCCGCCCCUACCCUGGGCUGGCCGAGCUCUUUCCUGGCUGCAGGGGACUGAGCUGCGGGAUCCGACAGGCCCUCGAGGGCCCCCAGGGCCGUCGUUGUUUUGUCGGGGAAGAGGGUGGGAAGUCUGUGAAACGCCGGAGAGAAAGCUAAAGAACGACGGAGUGACCAAGACCUAGAGAAAGAGGCGGAGGUAGGGAGAUAAGGAGAGAGCAGGUGGAUGUGUGACGGUGUUCAUUUACACAUUCAUAGACACAAAUACAGAAGACAGGGGCGCAGGCGGACACCCCGGGACAGGCUCGGAAAGUCGCUGGGAGAGGCAGAGUCUGAGACCCCCAGAGCAAAGGAGACGGGCAGACUAGACCAGGCGCGUCUAUGCCCCCGUUCGCCCUCAGGCUAAAAUUGUCAGCUAGGACCGCUUUCCUGACCGCGGCCUCCUAAACCCCUCGCAGCUUGCAGGUUGCGGCUGCUGGCGCCACCCGAGUAAGAAGAUCCGACCCAGACGCCAAGCUCUACUUUCCAGGGUAGUGUAGACCUUCUAGGGUGCGGGCGCCAGCUGCGAGGGGCCGUCGCGCUAGCCAAUGACGGCGCGCAGGGAUCGGCGCGGCCUUGUCCUCCGCCAAUCAGAACUCAGCGGUGUCUCAGCCGCGGCCACACGGGCGCCUCCAGUGGGCCUGGGCUUUCCUCUGCACGGUUCCGUCCGCAGACGCUGCCUACGCAAGUGAUAUCAGCAGGACUUUUUGCGGGUCUGGACAAAUCCUCCAGCCUGAGCUUUGCCUUCGCAACCCCCUAACCAGGCGCCACGAGGUUGUCCGUGGCUCGCGCUUCUUUUUCCAAAGGCCGCGGAGCCCUCUGGAUGAGCACGGAGGCCAACAAAUGCUUCCUCCUGCGAGACCUGCCUCUUACUUUAGCAUCCGAAUCUUAUAGCUGACCAGACUUUGCGCAGCUCGCCGAUUGGAAGUGGCGACUGCCCGGCAAGCAUUUGCGCCCCUCCCCUCCUUUGACUUUCUUGGCCGGGUUAAGGGAUAAGAGAGGGUGGAGUUGCCUCAGUUCUGCGAGAGCCCGUCUGUGAGUUCUGCACAGGGAUGUGCAGAUGGAGGCCGGAGGAGACACUGCUGCCCCGGCCCCCGGGGGCACGGAGGACUUGGAGGACACGCAGUUCCCCAGUGAGGAAACUAGGGAAGGUGAAGGAGUUCACCCUGUCCCACCGGAUCUCAAAGAGGAGGGCCUGGAGGAAACAGGAUCCAAGGACAAGGACCAGCCACCCAGCCCAUCACCACCACCCCAGUCAGAGGCCCCAUCAAGCACCUCUCAGCUCUGGAGUCCUGUAGCCCCUGAGAACAGUCCCACACGUAGCCCUGAGAAUGGCUCUGGAGGCCAUGGUGGGGACCCCAGUGAUGAGGACUGGCGCAGCCAGCGGAAGCAUGUGUUUGUGCUGAGUGAGGCUGGCAAGCCCAUCUACUCUCGGUACGGUAGUGUGGAGGCACUGUCGGCUACUAUGGGUGUGAUGACUGCCCUCGUGUCCUUCGUGCAGAGUGCAGGAGAUGCCAUUCGUGCCAUCUACGCUGAGGACCACAAGCUGGUGUUCCUACAGCAGGGCCCACUGUUGCUCGUGGCCAUGUCACGGACUCCUCAGUCAGCCGCCCAACUGCGGGGAGAGCUGCUAGCUGUGCACGCACAGAUCGUGAGCACACUGACACGUGCAAGUGUUGCCCGCAUCUUCGCACACAAGCAGAACUAUGACCUCCGCCGCCUGCUGGCUGGCUCAGAGCGCACACUGGACCGACUUCUGGAUAGUGUGGAACAGGACCCAGGAGCCCUGCUCCUGGGCGCUGUGCGCUGCGUGCCCCUUGCCCGCCCACUGCGGGACGCACUGGGUGCGCUCCUCCGACGUUGCACAGCACCUGGCUUGGCGCUGUCAGUGCUGGCAGUAGGCGGCCGACUGAUAACAGCAGCCCAGGAGCGGAAUGUGCUGGCUGAGUGCCGGCUGGACCCAGCGGACCUGCAGCUGCUGCUCGACUGGGUGGGUGCACCAGCCUUUGCGGCAGGUGAGGCUUGGGCACCAGUGUGCCUGCCCCGCUUCAACCCUGAUGGUUUUUUCUACGCCUACGUGGCCCGUCUGGAUGCUAUGCCUGUCUGCCUGCUGCUGCUUGGCACCCAGCGCGAAGCCUUCCAUGCCAUGGCCGCCUGCCGGCGCCUGGUCGAAGACGGGAUGCAUGCCCUUGGUGCCAUGCGUGCCCUUGGGGAGGCUGCCAGCUUCUCUAACACCUCAUCAGCCAGUGCUCCUGCCUACAGCGUGCAGGCUGUGGGCGCGCCGGGCCUCCGUCACUUCCUGUAUAAGCCGCUGGACAUCCCUGACCACCACCGUCAACUGCCCCAGUUUACCAGCCCCGAGCUAGAGGCCCCCUACAGCAGAGAGGAGGAGCGGCAGCGGCUGUCAGACCUGUAUCACCGCUUGCAUGCUCGCCUUCACAGCACCUCCCGACCCCUGCGCCUCAUUUACCAUGUGGCUGAGAAGGAGACGCUGCUGGCUUGGGUGACCUCCAAAUUUGAGCUCUAUACCUGUCUCAGCCCUCUGGUGACCAAGGCAGGUGCAAUCUUGGUAGUGACCAAACUGCUGCGCUGGGUGAAGAAAGAGGAGGACCGGCUCUUCAUUCGUUACCCACCCAAGUACUCCACACCACCAGCCGCCUCUACGGACCAAGCUGCCCAUAAUGGCUUGUUCACUGGACUCUGAGAGAUGGAGCUCCCAGACCAGGCAGUACUGGGAGCAACCACCUGUUUUUUACCUUCUGUCUCCACCCUGGAAAUGUGGGUGGGAGUGUGUCUGUGGGCAGUCAUUGUCUCCCUAGGCAAUGGGGCGAGAUCUGAGGGCCUGCCAGUGAGAGAGAUGGUGGCAGCAGCCAGGCGAGCAGGCUGCUUUCCUCACCCAGUCAUGCACCUCCCCAUCUGGGAAAAUCCUUAGGCCUCCCUCUCCCUUCCCUCUGUCUCACCUCCUCCACUUGGAUGAUUCUGUGGCCUCUGUCACGGACUGUCCCCUGCAAACUUGCUUCAGGGGUCAGUCUCAGUUGAAUCUCAGCCAUGAGUGUCCACGGCUGGCCAAGGUCUCUAGGGUGGCCCACAGGGGUGCUGGAAUUGGAAAUUCAGGGCCAGACUGUGCUUGGAACUGGCCUAGGGGUAUUUUAAAGAAAAAAAAACUGUAUAUAAAAGGUCUAAAAGUAAGACCCACAGGGAUAUUCCUUUGCCCUUCUUAUACUUCUUUUCAUCUUCACCCUACCAAAAAUGACCCCCCUCAAUGCUGGCUGCUGCUAACAUUAAUGAGAAGGUGGCCUCCGGUCUCCACCUGUGGAACCCUGAUUGCACACUGGCUGAAUCCAGCAUUUUUAGGUAGGAGAUGUACUUAGCUUCUAAGCCUCAUUUUACUCAUCUGUGAAACAGAGAUAACUGCCCUCUCUCAUGAACUCUUUAAUGAAGAUUUGUAAACAAAAACAGACUGGAACUCUGUGUACCACCGCACAGCACGUCUGUCCCGAGUUUGACAGCCUGCACAAGACAAGCAGCCUAAAGCGCGAGAGACCUCCCUAGGGUUUUGUAUGUGCGCACACUCCCCUCACUCCCCACUGGCCACCACCCUAGUUCUGCCCUUGUUUGUCAAAGUUGGCAUUCACAGCCUCAAGGUUGUGGCAUGCGUGCGGUCAAUCCGGGACACUGCGUUGCGCGCCUGCCCAGAGCCAACUCCUGGGUCAACCGCUAGCGCAAGCGCAACCUGCACACCGGCGCGCUGGAAAGCCUUCCACCCUCACGUGGUUUCUUUUCUAGCCAAUCAUCAAGCAGGGCUCGCGCUCAGGCCCUUCGUUAGAGAAUGGCGGGGAAGCUGCAACCGCUGAAUGUGGAGGCGCCGGAAGCCGCGGAGGAGGCUGAAGGUAGUGAGGGCAAGUGGGUUGCACUCCUUUCUCUCUGACCAGGGCAGAAAGGAGGGAGGGUUCAUCUCAUUACAAUAAUGAAAUGAUGGUAAUCUAAUAGUUUUUUUUUUUUUUUUAAUAAAAUUAAGCCUUUUGUUAUCGAAGGAAAAAAACGGUUCAGCAGAGUGGAGAUAAAUUAACAGGCAUAUUCUUAUUCUUAUCGCCGAGAUUAACUUUUGUCAAUUCUAGUGAAUAUAUUGUUUAAAAUAAAUAAUACAUAGGUCACUGUGCCAGUCUAGAAACAAAAGUGGAGCGGAUGUUCUCAUAAAAAUCACCCUGCUGCAGCCACCCUUAUUAACAGUGAUUCCCAGUGUCGCCGUUUCACGCCUAUCCCAUAUCACUUUGCUGAACUUUUAAACCUCUGAAUAGAACACGGCCUCCCCACAGCCUCUUUUCUCCAGGGUAUUGACUUGAAUGACAGGUAAAGGAGGGUGGAGAAGUGUCGGCCUAGACACUAUUGGAAAUUGUAUUCCGGCCAAAAGAAAGAAAAAAAAAAUCUCCCGUGGCCGGGCUUGGUGACCCACGUCUGUAAUCCCAACACUUUGGGAGGUGGAGGUGGGUGGGUCACACCUGAGAUCAGGAGUUUGAGACCACCCUGGCCUACAUGGCGAAACCCCAUCUCUACUAAAAAUACAAAAACUAGCUGGGUGUGGUGGCAGGUGCCUGUAGUCUCAGCUACUUGGGAGGCUGAGGCAGGAUAAUUGCUUGAACCUGGGAGGCGAAGGUUGCAGUGAACUGAUUGUGCCCCUGCACUCCACUGUGGGUGAUAGAGUGAGCAAAAAAAGAAAAUAAACGAAAAUCUCCCAAGGCAGUAAUGUAUUUCUAUGCCACUAGUAUUUUGUUGUUGUUGUUAGAAACAUUCAAAGUGUACCAGAGUACCCAUCACUAUGCUAUAACCGUUGUCACCUUUUUGCCCCACUUUUAUCAGUCUCGAACUCCCCUUUCUGCACCCUCUUUAAACCACUAUAUUAAUAAGCACAUUAGACUGCAUCCUGCCAGACCUGCCCACUUGACAUCAAAGUAAUGAUUAUUGUUUAUUGCCUGACCUAGGAUGUAAGCUCCAUAAGAAAAGAGACUGUUUACCUCUCGUGCCCAAAACAGCGUCUGCUUAGUGUGUAGUGGGUGCUCAAUAAUUUUUUAAUGCGUGACUAAUGAAGUAACUUCAACACAGAGAGCUGUUUUAGAUUAGAGCCACAUACUGAGUGCCAGCAUUCAUCAAAGGACAGACAGAAAUAAGACGGAUGCAAAUGGAUCUCAUUUGUUAACGGUGUAAUACAGCUGCCACUACAAUUUAAAAGAAAAAACGAUUUUAGUAUCAGCCUUUCAAAUUCCUCAAAAUUAAAGUUAAUGAUUAACUUUACCAGCAAAGGAAAAAAUUAAAAGAUGUAUCAUCAAGUUCCCAUUUCCAGCCCAUCAACUUAGCUUUCUGAAGGAAAGAAGAGUAUCUGGUAUUGACAACUCUGUAGAGAAACAGGUCUUUUCCUGCUUCAGGGAAGAGAACUAACUCAAAGGCUUUGCUAGAGGCAGUUUGGCAGAGUAUUUUUAGCAUCUAAAAUGCUCUUCCACUUCCGCAGUCACCUUGCUAUGUAGUCAUAGGAGAAUAUGUCCGUGUAUGGACCAGGAAUGGCGAUUGGCAUGUUGAUGGAGGCACAACACAAGGAACAGUCACAGAAAUGACUAAAUCUAGGUAUACGUGUGCACGCUGUGGAAUGUAUCUGUGGUGGGUUAUUUGUAAGAGGCAGAAAAAAAUAAAUUCUAAUUUAAAUGUAUUAAAAUUAAAUUUUUCUUGUUUUUCUUUUGAGACGGAGUUUCACUCUUGUUACCCAGGCUGGAGUGCAAUGGCACGAUCUCGGCUCACCGCAACCUCCGCCUCCUGGGUUCAGGCAAUUCUCCUGCCUCAGCCUCCUGAGUAGCUGGGAUUACAGGCAUGCGCCACCAUGCCCAGCUAAUUUUUUGUGUUUUUAGUAGAGACGGGGGUUUCACCAUGUUGACCAGGAUGGUCUCGAUUUCUUGACCUCAUGAUCCACCUGCUUUGGCCUCCCAAAGUGCUGGGAUUACAGGCGUGAGCCACCGCGCCCGGCCUAAAAUUAAAGUUUAAGUUGAAGGAUUAUUAUGGACACACAGGGAGCUCCAAAAGAAAUCCUGUGUUUAUUAGGAAAAGCCAGCUGGGAUUAAAACAAUGGAGGAGGGUAUAGCCCUGUGUAUGUUGCACAGAAAAAGUCUCUGAAGGGUAAAAGCCUAAGUGAUAACUCUGGACAAGGGACUUGGAUUUGAGGAGUAGUGCAGAGGUAGAGGCAUUUUUGUGAUUUUCUAUUCUAUUUUUCUUUUAGAAAAAUGUAAGUAGUAGUAUAUAAUUUUAAAAUAUAAAGGAGAAGUGGGAAAAUUUUGAAUGGCAACUGAGGAUCCUAUAUUCAUAUUGGAUAAGUAUUCACAUCCAUGUUUUGGUGGUUGUACUGUGGUUACCUGGUAUAUUCCCUUUGUAUGUAGGAAACAGUGGAAUAGUAAGGAGUAAUGGGCCAAGAUGUCUGCAAUUUAAUGUUCGGAAUCACUCACAAGUGGGGAAUGUGAUAUAAGGGCAAAAUGGGAGCACCGUGGCCUAUUUUUACAACUUUUGUGUAUAUCUGAAAUUAUUUCAAAAUAAAAUGUUUAAAAGGCUG